UGCAUCCUUCCAAAAGGUGGUGCCUCACAACAGGUGCCCGUAUGUACACGGGUGGCAAGGACGGACGGAAUUCUGUAUUGUAUCACUAUGCAAGUGCAGUACUAUAGUUCAGCCUCUUUGACCCAGGCCUCCAGAAAACAUAAGGAGCAGUGGAAAACCCAAAAAGGGAUUCUUUAAAGACACAUCGUCCUGCGGUCACCGGUGCCACGCGGUCUCCGCAGUCGAAAGACCCGCCCCGCCAUGUGGCGUGGUGUCGCCACCGCGCCGGUCCUGCCGGGUCAAUCGGUCCCGUGGGGAGGCACACCUUCCUUUGUAGCCUCCUGGCCUUCGACGCUGCCAAGACACGCCAGCGCCACGCGUGACGCCACCGCAUUCUUUGGCGCCGCCGCGUGUUUGGGCGCCGCCGCCUCGUCGCGGCGUGGGGCGGCGCUGCAGCGGAGGGCCUUGGGCGGCAGCCCUUGGGAGGUCUUGGGGGUCUCGCCGGGCGCGACGCCGGCGGAGAUCAAGAAGGCCUACCGGAGGAAGGCGUUGAAGGAGCACCCAGACGUCAGCAAGCUGCCCGACGCCAAGCAGCGGUGGCAGGAGCUCUCGGCUGCCUACGACGCCCUGAAUGACCCAGAGAAGCUCAAGGCAUGGGAGCGUGCCCAGCGGGGUGCUGGUCAACGCGGGACGGCGAGCGCUUCAUCCCGCACAAGAAGCCGCGCAGGUGAUGGGCGCUGGAGACGGACCCAAGAGCUUGAUGAGAAGUACGACACGGGCGGCGACUCCAUCGGGCAAAUCUUCAACGAUCUCUUCAGCAGUUUGGGCGAGGAUGAAUCGGAAUCCCGUGUGCGCAGAGCCACUCGUGCUGGAGGCAUGCUGCUCGAAGACCUUCUGGAAUUUCUGGAGAAGGGCCUGGGCGAAGAUGCCAAGACCGGGCGCGCCCGAGAAAGCCCUUUCGCCUGGAGCAACCCCGACAAAGAGCUGCAAGAGGCACGGUUUGAGUUUCAGACCAUGCAGAGCCGAGAUGAGGUGCUGGCCGCCGAGGCGGCGGCCUGGGAGCGCAAGAGCGAGUUGUGCCGGAGCAGCGGUGACAAGGCCGGAGAGUUGGAUGGGAUGCAGAGACUCUUCGACACUCGAGAGCGGCGGAAGACCAUCCGGCGGCGACUGCUGAGCAUUCAGGAGAGGAUUGAAUACUUGGAGAAGGUCCUCUUUGAGUACAAUCGGAAGCAGGAGGCGAAACGAUCGCCAAACAUGGCCCAGCCACCGCGCAGCGAGCCCCGUCGACCGGCCAAGCCCAACUUCGACGCGGAUCAGGCCUUAGCAGAGCUCAAGCGUCAGAAGGGCAAGGCCUAAGGAAGAACAGCGAGGUGAAGAAUGCUGAGUGGGAUGGUCCCAUUUCCCGUGGCAAAGCCACAGUCAGACACGGUCAGACAGAUGCGUUUCUGUGGAGCUCGCUCCCCAGCAGGAAUGAAAACAAUCUUCUGUUUUCAUUGAUCGACCCCGUUUCCAUGCCUGUGUCGCUUGCCUCAUGCUGUGAGCGAGCCACCGCGUGGUUUCCACGCAUACUCGUAGCACAGAUUUUCCGAUUCAUGUCCUGGAUCGAAACCAUAAGGCCAGAAGCAUGUUCUGGUGAGAGAGCCUGGUUGAGGGUAACAGCAGGGUGGCAGCCUUGCCAUACAACGCCUUGCUGCAGAACAGGAUUGGUCGAGGAAUCCAGUUUGCAACAUAUUCCAACCAUUUUGAGGAAGCCAUUUUUUGAUAUUUUUGGGCCCUGGUGGGGUACACAUUGCUGGGGUUGAGGUU